AUGAGCGUAUCCUGCUCGUGCAGAGGCAUUUCUUAUUCCAGAUGGCGUCUUAAUGUUUUGAGUCAGUUGUAUGCGCCGCGGCACGAUGUACGACCAGAGCUCCUUUUCCUCCAUCCUCAAUCUCGAGGUGUCAGUACAAAGCGAUCAUAUGGUGGGAAAGGAAUUGGCCAAGGACCGCAAGCCGGCUCCUCGCUUUCUGAGAGCCUGAAAGAGCCGGGAAACUCGGAGCCAGAGCUGUCUAGCAGUAACAGGGAGCACCUUUCUGUCUCAUCGACCGCUCGUAAAGAUGCAAGCAAGUCGAGGAACAGGAAGCCUAAGAGUUCAUGGGUUCGCCGGCCACGUCAUGGGGAAUUCGACCUUUUCGGGUCCCAGACUCAAGUUGAUCUCCGCUCAGCUAUCAAAGCUCUCACAGCCCUCGCUCGCCAGGGCGAUCGGGAUGCCACUGGGAAACCGCCGAAACCUCAGCGCGAUCCAGACCUUCCUCACUCGCCAGUUUUACACCUUGUGAACAACAGGACAAGACUGGUGAAGGAAAGAUCCCAAAAACUGCGUGUGAGACGAAGUCAAUCUCCUCUCAACUACGACCCUUGGGCGAGCAUACUGGCAGACCCGGUUAGAAUAUGCGCAGGAAGUGGAUUGAGGAUGCCGUUGGCCUUGAUGAACGGAUGGGGCCUGGUCGAACAUCCAGAGAACAAAGGAGAAGUCUACACUCUACCGACAGAGCUGGCAGACGUGGAGAAACUUGAGACUAUGGGUGUACGGCUAUUAGACCAGAAGCGAGAGGACAGGGAAGCAUAUCAGUACCCACCUCCAGCAGCGGGCGACAUAGGUAUCGACAAUCCGCCUCACUUGAACCAGAGCGAAGCCGCCAACGCUACGGCUAGCAACGAUUCUGCUCAGUCAUUGCCAGAACAGAGGCCCCUUCCUCCAUACGAUGGUCGCACAAAAUCCUUUCCGCCGCCCCCACAAACAGCAACACCUUCAAAGCCUAUUGCAUUCCGUUUGCUGCCUUCGCUCACUCUGCUUCGCCAGAUGACUCUGUCUCUUACUGCAUUCAAUCCUCGAACCAAUACUCUCAAGACCACUCGCUCCGCCGUCUCACGCCUCAUUCCAGUUGACCUGAAAAAGCGGCUCGCAGAGAUCAUGCAUUACGAUCGACAAAGGCGCCAGGUCGAGAGACAGACUGGCGUGACUAUCAUGAAGCCCACACCGAAGGAGGCGAUGUUAGAUCUGCCGAACUUGCAAUGGCAAGAAGGCGUGACGGGUAGAGCACUAAAGCUUUUACGACGGAGAGUAUCGGUGGCGCUCAAAAGAGUCUUGGAACUAGAAGCUGGAGCGGUGCAGCUUAGGAGAGUGCAGGUCUGGGGUGACGGCUUUGUGGCUGGGCAAAUAUUCGAGAGGAACGUUACAGGAGCCGGGGUUGGGCCUACGGCUGCGGCAGCGAACAGCCAGAGGGUGUCGAAUGAGACCAAAGACGAAAAUGACGCGCGAAGUAUCCACGGUGACAUCCCAUCGUCGAAUGAUGCUGAAGCUGGAUCAACGAGCAUUGCACCAAGCCGAGGAGUCCUCCAAACAAGGGUCUACCUGCACUUCGGACCAUACCCGUCGGCUACGGUCAGUGCAUACGCCAACUCAUGCAACGCAACCGACGGUCUUCCACCCCACGCCCAUGCCACAACCAAGGCGUAUCUCCCCAUCCUGCUGCCAUCCCCGAACAACAAGCAACAGUUUCCAAUCUUUCCCCUCCAGCCCCUCCUAGGGCACGACACGUACGCAGACCUCCGCGCCGCCGUGCUUCAGCGUGUGAAGAACAACGAAUUCGCCAUAUACGGCAAUGUAGCUUGUGAGACUGACGGAGCUGGCUUCACGCUGUGCAUCAAAGCCUCUGCCUGGCACGCCAGCAGUGUCAUUCGCGAGAUAUGGGCGUUGUGGCGUUUUGUCGGCGGGAAAGAGGCGCUGGAGCUGUGGGAGAUGGGCAUUGAUAUGGGGAGUGAGGCCGUGGUCUGUGAUCCGAGGCUCUUGGAGCGGAGCGCGAUGGUAGAAGCUGCCGCGGAGUAA